AUGUCGACCUCCAUUGCACCAAAACGCUCAGCCUCCCCUUUAGAAGAUGAUCGCCCCACUAAGGCUGCUCGACCGCCAUGGCAGGAACUUCCAAACACGGGAAAAGCAGACAGGCAGCUUACCGACUCCGAGUAUCAGAAUUUGAAGUCGUCGCUAGACACUGAACGUUAUAACGUUUUCAUUUUCGAGGCUGCUCAUAUUUGCAUGGCGAACGGAUCCACAGGCAAAUCAGUAGUCGUUUCUCAAAUAGUAUCCGCUAUGGGAAAGUGGCUUUCGUUAUUGGACACUAAGGCGGCCAACUAUGAAAGAACCGUCGUAUAUCUGCAACAGUGGACUUCUAAACCACGCAAUACCCAGGAGAAUUACUUUAUAGAGAAGGGGAAGACGAGGGGGAAGGGGAAGGGUGAACAGAAGAAGAAUGGAAGUAAAGCGACGGAGCGGACGAUGAUACGUAACCGCCGAGAGUACAUCAGUCUGGCGGAGGUCAGGGCAGGAGACUCCCCCAUCCGACGUAGUUCUCGAUCAGCCCAUCAGGAACACCCCCGCUACUGCAUUUUUGUUUAUGGAUUAUCUGUCUACAGAAAUGUAGAUGUUGAUAAGUACAGGUCAUUACUGCAGGUCACUGAUUUCUUUGCUGACCAUCCACGCGAACAAACAAUGAAGGAGGUGUAUGCCAUGAAACCGUUCUGGACUGCCGGGUCCAGUUUCGGCUUUGUCGAUAUGAAUGAGAGCUUUCUAACUACCGGUAUUGAUGAUGAACACAGAGUUGACGGGGUUCAUGCUCAGACGGAUACAUCUGAUGAUGAAAUGGACGAAGAUGAAAUGGACGAGGAUGAAGCAGGCGAAGAUGAAACGGGGGAGGAUGGAUGGGACAAAGAUUAA